ACUAACCCAUCCAUAUUGAUUACUGCUCACUCUACCCACCAAAAAUUCCGCACACAAUCUAAAGUUCACAAGAACUCUAGAUUAACACUUAUUUUCUCGUUUUCAAAAGAAACGAAAAGGUUUUUAAAUCUGUAACAAAGUCUAUUCACCCCCCUUCUAGACUUUGUAUUUCACCACUUUGGGACCACCAAUUGGUAUCGGAGCAAACUUCUCACUAUCUACGUUUAGAUUAACGAGAAGCGAUCACAAUGGUGAACAAUAUGGAUCACGGUUUUCCCAAGUUUUCUCUUCUAGGUUAUGAUGAUUGGAAGAUCAUGAUGGAAGCACAUCUCUAUGCUCUACAUGACUGCAUGUGGAUGGUGCUUGAGGAUGGACCCUUGAAAAUCCAAAUAAAGAAUCCUGAGAGGAAUCCAGCAACUCCAGAUGUAGUCCAGUACAUUCCAAAGCCCAAGGAAAAAUGGGAUGAUAGAGACUGCAAAAAGCACAAUCUGGACAACGUUGCCAAAGCAGCCAUCUUUAAGACUCUUGAUCCCAUCACCUUCUCCAAAAUCAAGCAUCUCAAGACUGCCAUGGAGAUAUGGCAAGGUCUUGGGAAGCUAUGUGAGGGAUCAGAGGACUUAAGAAAGCAGAAGAUAGAAGUCCUGCUUGAGAAGUUCAAAGGCUUCAAAAUGCUUCCCGGAGAAUCAUUUGAUAUGUUGGAUGAAAGAUUCCACAAAAUCUUGAAUGAUCUUGCCUCACUUAACCACGUUCUUUCUCCAAAAGAAAAGAAUGUAAGGUUAGUGAGAUCACUUCCGACCGAGUGGUACACCAAAGCCACAGCCAUGGAAGAAGGAAGAAACCUGGAAAACUACACUGUCCAAGGUCUCCUUGAUGAGCUCAAAACCUAUGAGCACGAGCUGAAGAAGAAGAAGGAAGAACAAGUCACUCCCUUCCCCAUGGCACUGAUGACAACUCCAAGAGUCCCAUCAAGUGAAGGGACAUGCCCAAGAAACUGUGACACACCCUCCUCCAGCCAGCCGUCAAGCUCAAAAAUGGAGAACUACGAUGAGGAAUUUGCCAUGAUGGUCAAGCAAUUCCAGAAGUUCAAGAAGUUCUUCAAGAAGGCUGACUCAGUCAGAAGGCCAUCCAAGGGAAAGCCACAGAUAAGUGACUCCCCUCCUGAAUCUUAUUUGUGUUAUAACUGCAGGAAGCCUGGCCACUGGAAGUCAGCAUGCCCAUACCCAAAGGUGGAGAAGUACGGAGAAAGGGAAAGGAACGAGAAGAAAAAGAAGGCAAUGGUUGCUGCUGAAAGUGACGAGUCAUCCAGCUCAAGCUUAGAUGAAGAAGCCCUCGUCUGCAUGGAGCGCAGAGCUGAAAAGUCCAACCAUGAGGAUAGGUGGACUAUGUCAGAAGAUGACACCCUCUGCCUAAUGGCCAAAGAUGAUGCUGAUCAAGAGGUAACUUCACAAACCUCCUGCUCAUCUUCUUAUGAAAGCAUACCAACUUCUGAAAAUCUUUUUGACCAGUUCAAAAAGAUGAUGGUAGAUUUUGAGGAAAUAAAUCUCAAACAUUCAUCCUUAACAGAGGAGAACAAACUUUUGAGUGAAGAGAAUCUCAAGUUGACUGAAGGGAUACUUAAGUCCAAAGAAGCAGUGGAUAAGCUUCUUGAAACGACCAAACAUAAGGGUCGUGAGGGACUUGGGUUUGACCCCUCUAGUUCCAAAAGGAAAGGGAGAACAACUUUCAUCCCUCCUAAACCUACUGCCCAACCAAAUAAGCAGAAAGGAAAGGAAAAGGAGAAACCAACAGAAGUUUCCAAAAAGGAAGCCGCUAAGUACCCAGGUGUCUGGUACUUAGACAGUGGCUGUUCAAGACACAUGACGGGUGAUGCGAGCCUUUUGAGCAAUCUGAUUCCCUAUGAUGGUCCAAGAGUUACUUUUGGAGGAAGAAAUGAUUUUGGCCUUACUAAAGGGCUAGGAAAUCUGGUGUACAAGGGACUAACCAUCCAAGCUGUAUCUUAUGUUGAAGGUCUCAAUUAUAACCUUCUUAGCAUAAGUCAGUUUUGUGAUAAAGGUUACUCCUUGGAAUUCUGCAAGGACAUGGCAUCUCUCAAGAACAUCUCCACAAAUGAGGUCAUUCUCACUGGGAAAAGAAUCAGGAACAUCUAUGAAGUAAUGUGGGACAAUGUCAAGGAAGCAUGUCUAAUCAGCAAAGAAUCACGUACUAAAACUUAUAGUGAGUAAGAAAUUUAUACCUUUCUCCGUAAGCGGUAAAAACGAAGAAGUCGUAGAAAGAGCGUUGAAAGUGCAAACGUAACCGUUCAAGCGUCCGGUCUCCAACUUUGACACACGAACAACGCCGGAGUCUACCACAAUCUUUAUGCUAGUAAAGAUUAUAGUAGUAUAAAAUAUAAAGAUUAAAAUUUGGGAUAAUAAUAAUCUUGUAUAUUUCUUAUAGAAAAUAUUUCUAAUAAUAUUUAGAAAAUAUUAUAGAUAUUUUCUAUACACAAAAUGAUAUUAAUGGAACACAAAAGAAAUUUUCUCUCACUAG